AUCGCUCUCUCUAGAGAGGUCCCAAAGCAACCGGUCCGAUUCAGAUUCGUUCCCGGUUCGUCUCGACCGCUUUCACAGAGCAGCAAUGGCGUUGCCGUCGGCUCCGGAUGAGCCUGCCAGGGGCCUCGAUAAGCUUAGCUACGAGAUCUUCUCCAUCCUCGAAAGCAAGUUUCUGUUCGGUUACGAUGAUCCUCCUAACCUCCUCCUUUCCACCGCCACCUUCCGCGACGGCUGCCCUCGCUCUCUGCGGCCUCCCGCCGCCUCCGACGGCCGGGUCCGCAUCCUCUCUAUCGACGGUGGCGGACACCCUGCAGACGCCCUCCUAGCCGCCGCCUCCCUCGCCCGGCUUGAGUCCUCCCUCAGCCGCCUCUCCGGCGACCCCUCCGCCCGCGUUGCCGACUUCUUCGACGUCGCCACCGGGUCCGGCGCCGGAGGCGUCCUCGCUGCCAUGCUCUUCUCCCGCGGCCCCGAAGGACGCCCCUUGCACUCAGCCGCCGACGCGUUUCAUCUUCUCCUCUCGAGGAGCGGUCGGUCGUCGUUCGUGGCUGCGAGGCGGGGCCCGCUCGCUUGGGGGCGGUCGCAGGGGUCCUCCGAGAUGCUCCGAAAAUUGUUCGGCGACGCGACGCUGCGGGACACCGUGAAGCCGUUGCUGGUUCCCUGCUUCGACCUGACCACGGGGGCACCGUUCCUCUUCUCCCGGGCGGACGCGGUGGAGGGGGGCUCAUACGAUUUCCAGCUGCGGGAGGUGUGCGCUGCCACUUGCGCGGCGGGGACGGCGCCGAUGGAACUUCGGUCUGUGGACGGGCGGACGCGGAUCGCGGCCAUUGGCGGCGGCGUAGCGAUGGGCAACCCCGCCGCCGCGGCCAUCACCCACGUGCUAAACAACAAACGCGAGUUCCCAUUCGCAGACAGUAUGAAGGACCUCAUGGUGCUCUCCCUCGGAAGCGCCACCGCCGGCGGCAUUGGAAAAGAAGUGAACCCGAGGAGGGGGAGGUCCCUGCCAUCUCAGGCGAAGCUCGUUAGGAUUGCCGGCGAAGGCGUCGACGACGUGGUGGAUCAAGCAAUCGCGAUGUCAUUUGGGCAAAACAAGGCUAGUAAUUACGUGAGGAUUCAGAGCAACGGAUUGGAAGUAUACGACGACGACAUUCGAAAAACAAGAGACGCUGACAAAUUGCUGAGGUUGCUGGAGAAACAAUUGUCGCAGAAGAACGUGGAAUCGUUCUUGUUUCGAGGGAAGAAGAUCUCGGAGCAAACCAACGCUGAGAAGCUCGACUGGUUCGCCCGAGAGCUCGUCAAAGAAAACCAGCGGAGGAGCAAUUCCCAGAUUCCCAACGUGGUACUGAAGGAGGUGGCGACGCCGAGAACGUCCUCCGCCGCGGCCACCAAAAAGGCGCCGGCGAGGACAUCCGUAUCGUGCUAAUUUAAUUUUAUUGAAAAAAAAAACUCUCAAAAAAAGAGGGAAAAUGGAUACUAUCUUUUGGGAGAAUAAAGAGACGGACGGCUGUGUACUACUUUGUACAGCUCGAAUUACGUUGGAUUCUGAAAUGAAACUAUGUUUUUAGUUAUUUAA